AUGGUUCCCACACAGGGGCCGCGGCUACGAGGUAAGUUGAUAGUGAUUGAAGGACUUGAUCGCUCUGGCAAAACAAGCCAAUGUCAACGACUCCACGAUCACCUUGUCCGUCAAAAGGGACAAGCCCGAUAUGUCAAGUUUCCCGAUCGCACGACUCCCACCGGCCAAAUGAUCAAUAGCUACCUGACCGGGACGGCGGAACAAGACGACCACUCAAUACAUCUGCUGUUCUCGGCCAACCGGUGGGAAGCCAUCAAGGGUAUUCAGCGAGACAUCACCAACGGCGUCGAUGUCAUUAUUGACCGAUACUCCUUCUCGGGCGCGGUCUACUCUGCCGCCAAGGACAACCCCGACUUAACUCUAGACUGGGCGUGGUAUCCUGAGAUUGGACUGUUGAAGCCCGAUUUGUUGCUCUUCUUGGAUAUCUCACCUGAAGAUGCGGCAAAGCGGGGGAAUUACGGCGAAGAGAGGUACGAGACGGAGAAAAUGCAGGCUCGUGUCAGAGCCUUGUUCAAGGAGUUGUUUUCUCGACUCGGUGAGGCUGCUGUUUCUGUGGUUGACGCAGGACAGCCCAUCGAUGCCGUCAGCCGGGACAUUACUACGGCUGUUGCCCAGAUAUCCGCCGACGGUCCUUUGAUCGGAAGGUUGCAGGUACUUGGGCCCCUACUAAAUGCACCCACGAUUUGA